UGACUCACAUCUAGAACGUAUUUUGCUACAACGACGCCCUCUAGUUAAUAAACUGUCAACUAACCGCGUGUCGUCCAUGUUCCGAAUGUGGUGUGACUUAUUUUUGUUUUGUAUUAAUUUUUCGUAUUCUAAUUACCAAUGUGAAAUGAUAAAACAUGUGUUAUCCCAUAUAGUGGAACGUCGCUCCGGCUGAAUGGAUCCCUACGUCGGGUGGUAUCAGCCCGAGCAGGAAGGACCCGCGAAGCGAUUGUGGCUUCGUAUUUGGGAAACCCAAAGUGAAACAGACAAAAUGAACCUCAAAAAUUUAGAAAACUCUAAUCCAAAUGUGAAUAAAGCCCAAGACUUAGUACAAAUUAAUGAAGUGAAUGGUGAAAUUAGGAAUAAUAAUUAUUUUAAUCCUACGCGAAGGAAAGCGAACGAUAACCGCGCAUCUACGUUUAACCUGAAUCAGAACCACGAUGCUCUAAUAGGCGAAUACGGAGGGUGCCCUUGGCGGAUACCCAACUACACCUAUAAGCCCGGGAUACUCGGGCUACACGAAGAGAUCGAACACUUCUUCAUGUACAUGUCACCGACGGAGACGGAACACCUGGUCCGAUCUACUGUUGUGUCUCGUAUACGCAGCGCGAUCCUGUCUCUGUGGCCUCAAGCACGUGUAGAAAUAUUUGGCUCUUUUCGCACCGGCCUCUACCUGCCCACCAGCGACAUAGAUCUUGUUGUCAUUGGUCAAUGGGAAAAGCUGCCUCUUUGGACCCUGGAGCGUGAGCUGGUUAACCAGGACAUCGCAGAAAAGGAAAGCAUCAAAGUGCUGGAAAAGGCCACAGUGCCCAUCGUGAAGAUGACAGACAAAUACUCUGAUGUCAAGGUUGAUAUUUCGUUCAACAUGAGCAGUGGAGUGAAGAGUGCCGAGCUGAUAAAACAGUUUAAGGACAAAUACCCAGUACUCUCGCGGCUUGUAAUGGUGUUAAAACAGUUCCUUCUCCAACGAGAUCUAAACGAGGUCUUCACCGGAGGCAUCUCUUCAUACUCCCUGAUCCUGAUGUGCAUCAGCUUUCUCCAACUCCAUCCACGGCCUGAAAGACUUCGGCAGACCCAUAACCUUGGGGUGUUGUUAAUAGAGUUCUUUGAGCUAUAUGGAAGAAAGUUCAACUAUGUGAAGACAGCGAUAAGGGUUAAGAAUGGAGGCAGUUAUUUGUCUAAGGAUGAACUACAGAAGGAAAUGAAUGACGGUCACCGCCCAUCACUAUUAUGUAUCGAAGAUCCGCUCACAGCGGGUAACGAUAUUGGCCGCUCUAGCUAUGGCGCUCUACAAGUUAAACAGGCAUUCGACUAUGGCUACAUAAUCCUGCAGCAAGCGAUAAGCGGGGCGUUGGGGGCGCACCACAGUGCCCUGGGACGCGUAGUGCGUGUCACGGACCACGUGUUGCAAUACCGGCGAUGGGUGCAAGACACGUUUCACCCGUUUUUCUUCCCGAUCCACAUUACGGCCCAAAUCCCGCAGCCUCCGCCCGCCCUGCCCGCUCCGCCCACCGUCGCGUGCCCAGAGCCCAGCGAUAGCGAACCGGAGUGGUCAGAUGGAUCAGGUGGCGCACCGAGUGGAAAUGGCGGCGAGACGGGCCGUCGCACGUCGCCGCCGCCCUUAUCAGCGCUGCAGUGCUCGUCUCCGACGCCGCGACGCGUUUCGGCGCACCAGAGCCUCAUCAUUCAUCAUAUCACUAGCAAUUCUGACUUCAAUAAUAUACCUUCAGGUGUGAUGCAGCAGCGUUUUAACAACAAUAACACGAGCAACAACACCACCACCAACAGCAACAACAACGCUAACAACAACACCACUCCCAGCAGUGGGGAGCAGAAACCGCGGUCCAGCCGUUCGUUUUCCUCCAAACAGCGGCGAUAUACGUCACCACCACGGUACCGUGAACCUCGUUCGAAUAAGAAAAGGCGACAGUUCGCCCAGCCCCGAUGAUACCCGCCUACGCAUAGGCGAAAGCCGCGGACCACUUAGUGACUCAAUAGUGAGAAUAGUGAAGUGUAAAACACUUAGUGACGUACACCUGUUAUAGUGACUCGUGAUGUUUGUGAUCUGACAGUGAAACGGACUGAUUGAUUAUAGUGGUUACCCAUUACUUCACUAUAAUGUACACUAUGAUGUAGUGCAUGCUUUUGAAUGUGCAUCACUGGUUUGGCGAACGUGACCUUACGCAUUGGUUCGCCUAAAAUACCAGUCGUAAUUGCUACGAAUCGUAGAUUUAUGAAACGGUUGUCGUACUAAUUGUGGCUGGUGGCUUAGAACUGGUAUAAGGUUAAGAAAAGAUACUCGAAGAAGAAAAAUGAUUAUCGAUUCUAAAUUAGGGAAUACCAUUUAGUAAUUGUCAUGAAUUAAAUAUACACCGACAAAUAUAACUUCACGUUAUAGCUACAGAUAAGUAUAAAAAAUACAAAAAAAAGUUGUCAAGCCUUGAUUUUUCUAAAUGUUGACUGAAAGAAAUAAAAGAAAAUACUCAAAUGUCAAUUAAAUAUUUUUGGUUUAGGGGCAUAAUAAUAUCCUUU